GACAACCUGACCACAAGGCCUACGGCAAGCUUUCGAGGCACUCCUCGGCAACGGCAGGCGGGCACUCCCACCCCCGAGGCAUAACACAGCGACUCCCCAAGGAAAGGAGCGCCUCUGCGGUCCCUACAGCCCUUCGGUGGGAAGAGAAACCUCCAGGGAGCUCGGGAGGAGGUUCCGAAGCCGCCUAAGGCUCGCGGUGCGUCGAAGAGGAGAGGACGCGGUUGGGAGGAGGCUCUCGGAGAUUCCCUGACGCGCCUGAGUUCAGCCUGAGCCCAGGAGGAGGAGGAGGAGGAGGAGAGGGAGGAGAAGGCGGGAGCAGAGCCCGCCAGCGCGCCUCCCUCUCUGGCCGCCCCGAGCCCGCGGCGCCCGGCGGCGGCUGCAGCAGCAAGAGUGGCAGCAUGUUGGGCAGAGUUCGCUCGGCGAUGGCGCAACUAGUCGGGGGUCUGGGAGGCGGAGGAAGCCCCCGCAGCCCGCAGCACGCCUCGCCCGCCGCCAGCGCCUCAGCCGCGUCGUCCCCGCCUGUUCUGUCCGAGGCUGCCGGGCCCAGCAUUAGCAGCGCCGCCGCCGCCGCCGCCACUACCACUACCUCCUCCUCCUCCUCCUCCUCAGCUACCACCACGAGCAGCUCCUGUCGUGAGGCGCCCCGCGGCAGCUUCUCGAGACCGGCUUUUCUGCAGCUCACGCCAGAGGAGCUCCUGCUGGCCGACGACCACACGGGCAGAGCCGUCCAGAGUCCCCGCGAGAGUCGCCGUCGCUUGCCCUGGAGCACCGGCUACGCCGAAGUGAUAAAUGCUGGCAAGAGCCAGCAUAAUGAGGAUCAAGCUUGUUGUGAAGCCGUCUUUGUGGAAAAAAGAGACAGCCUAAGAAAUAACCCAGGCCCCAAGGGAAUCUCUGGAGAGUCAGAAGGCAGCAAAGGUCUGUACUUUUACUACUGGGGCUUGUUUGACGGACAUGCUGGAAGUGGAGCUGCAAUUAUGGCAUCCAAACUGCUUCAUUUUCAUAUUCGUGACCAACUCCGAGACUUGGUGGAUAUCUUACAAGAUUCCUCUCCUCCUCCAAUUUGCCUGCAUAAGGGACCCAGGACAGUUCUCACAGAACCAAACAAAGCUCCUCUGGCAGAAGACGCAGAGGUCCCAAACAAUGCCUUGCCACGCUUCCACAUGGAAAAGGUGGUUUCCCAUGAAAGUUUAGUAGUGGGAGCCAUUGAAAAUGCAUUCAAGCAAAUGGACAAUCAAAUUGAGCAAGAACGGGUAACCAGGCAGGCAACAGGAGGCUGCUGUGCCUUGACUGUGGUUUAUCUUCUGGGGAAGUUUUAUGUGGCCAACGCUGGUGAUAGUAGGGCCAUUGUCAUCCGUAAUGGGGAAAUCAUUCCAAUGUCCAGGGAGUUUACUCCAGAGACAGAGAGGCAAAGGCUACAGUUUUUAGGUUAUUUGAGGCCUGAAUUACUGGGAAAUGAGUUUACUUUCUUUGAGUUUCCCCGAAGAAUCCAACAGAAGGAAGUGGGAAAGAAGAUGUUAUAUAGGGACCAAAAUAUGAACGGCUGGGCAUAUAAAAGGAUAGAAGAAGAUGACCUGAAGUUUCCACUUAUAUAUGGAGAGGGUAAAAAAGCUCGAAUGAUGGCAACCAUUGGGGUAACUCGAGGUUUAGGAGACCAUGAUCUCAAAGUUUACAACUCCAACAUCCACAUUAAGCCUUUCUUAUCUUGCAUUCCAGAGGUGCACAUUUAUGAUCUCACACAGUAUGAGCACUGCCCUGAUGAUGUGCUGGUGCUGGGCACUGAUGGCCUCUGGGAUGUCACUAGUGAUCAAGAGGUGGCCACUGUGGUCAUUGAUGUAUUGAUGGGCUUUGAACCCAAUGAUCCUUGCAGAUAUACCAUGGCAGCCCAGGAAUUGGUAAUGAGAUCCAGAGGAGUUCUGAAGGACCGUGGCUGGAGGCUGGCCAAUGACAAACUGGGCUCUGGAGAUGAUAUAUCUGUUUUUGUUAUCCCCCUGGGUGGUCCAGGAAACUAUUCCUGAAGCCUGAGCCUCCGGGAUAGAGAGUUCUUGAUUCAAAACUAUUAAAAAAUGUAACUUAACUGAAGAUUGUAGAUUCCCUUGCUGCUGAAAUAGUUUGUUCCUCAAGUCUUCGGAAAUGGAUUAGAAAACCCAAUCAUAAAGACUGCAAUUUGCAUCCAGUUUUCUUCUUUUUCAAGCAAGCGAGAGACAUGACACAUAGCCAAAAUCAAAUCCUUUCAUGAAUUACUCCCAUAAGGUCUUGAAGUGCUGUGGAAAUCCUUAAUUCUCAGGGCUGUGUGGACUCGGGGGUGUGAUGCCAGAGAAAGAAAACUGACUGGGUUCCACUGGCAUGGAAAUGGUUUUCAUACUGAUUGUUAGUCCUGAAGUAUCCUUGAUCCGUUACAGUACUGAAUCAUUUGUAAAUAUUUCCUUUUUGUUUUCCCCGUGAUUAUAAAGGGACAACUCAAGAUGCCAAGGGCCACCUCAUUCUGAUUCACAGUGGCAACUGUGCCUACUUGUCUAGAAAAUACUGUCUUAUUUGGCAAUUAAUCAUAUGUGAAUUGCUAAAAAAUAAUCUCAAGUAAGCAUUGUUGACUGGUUUGCUAGUUAUUUCUCGGAUUUCUCCCAGGCAGGAUAUGAAGUUUUCCCCUCAGAAAUUUGGAUUUCAGGCUGAAUACUACGUAAGCACUCAUUUUAAAAGUAUCACUUAUGUGGGGAUUUUUCUGCAUCAUAUUAAAUACUGUACAUCGUUUAACAAAAUUUGCUAAUUUUAUAGGAGUACCUCCUCUGAAUGGCACAACUGAUUUCUACUAUAGAAAAUAUUGUUGAAGAAAAUCUUAUCUUGUAUUGCUUCCUCCACAAAGUGGUGGAACAUCUGGUGAUCUAAGUCAACAACUGAGCCUUAAAUAACAAUAUAGAGAAAUCUUCUGCAGGUUAGGGGAUUGCAAAUAGGUAUUUAAGGGCAACUACAUCUAUAGAAGUUAACAUUAUAGAAGAGAUUUUAUUUUUAGUCAACUGUGCCCUUUUAUGAAAGAUUCAAAAAUUUCUGCAGGAAAGCUCUACCUCUACAGCCCAGAGCCCCGAGUUCUUGGCUUAAUGAAUAAAACAUAUUCUGUACUGAUUUAAAACUGUCUGGCAAUGGUAGCUACAGUUUAUAACCUGGUAACUAUUUCAGUUCAAGGGACCUAGCAACUCACAAUCUGCAAUUUACUAUACAGUUGUGGGCAAUUGAGUGAUAAGACAUAACAAAGGGGGGAUUGAAGACUAUCAUAUUUAUUAAAAAUGUUCAUAGAUCACCUCUAAUUCAUGACAGGUAUAUGCAAUGACAAACUUGUGCACCUUUAGAAAAUUCCUUUUUCCAUUUACUGCAAAAUAAUAAUAAUAAUAAUAAUAACAACAACAACAACAACAACAACAACAUGGCUAUCUCUCCAGAAAUGAGUGUUUUUUUCUCUCCCUCUCUUUUCCUUAGCCUUUAUCUUAUUUCUUAAAAAAAAUAAGUUAUAGGCAUUAAAGAAAAUAUUUCCACUUAUUUAUAUUCUAUGUUCUAAAUAUUUCAUUUAGGCCAUAAUUUCUUCCAUUUUUGCUAGGGAAUAAAGUCCACAGAGUUAUUUGGGUCUUCUAAGUAAACAUUGACAUUUCCCCAUUAUGUAAAGACUGAACUUGAAAGCUUUGAUUUAUUUGUUAACAAUGUGAGGUUUUAAUGUCUGAUGAUAGAUUAAAAGAUAAGACUGAAA